AUGGAUGACUAUCACAACCCUACUUUCACGGGUAGUACUGGUGGCUGUCCAAGGGAACCAUGGCAUGACUUGCAUUGUAAAAUUGAUGGUCCAGCAGCUUACGAUAUUCUGACCAACUUUGAGGAGUGCUGGUUAAGAGCUGUGAAACUUACAAGAAAAAAGCGUUUGUAUGAUGAUGCAUUGCUCAAGAUAGAAAGAAUAUUUCGUUCCAUUGAUUCAACCUCUGUCGAAGGAUUUCCAAAAGAGCCAAAAGAUGCAUUGGAAAAGAAUCUAAUAUGUGGGAAGAAUGUGUUGAUUGACAUGAGCAUACAUACAGCAUAUGUAAAGAGAUUGCCCUUAAGAUUGCUGAAAAAAAUAAAGGCAAACGAGAGGUUUGCAGUAUACAUAAUUAUUCCAAUGUGGCCAGAGGGUGAUCCAACAGGUGCUGCCACUCAACGGAUCUUAUUUUGGCAGCAUAAAACAAUGGAAAUGAUGUACAAGACAAUUUACAAUACUUUGGUUGAAGUUGGGCUCGAAGCAGUGUUUUCUCCACAGGACUAUUUGAACUUUUUCUGUCUUGGAAAUCGAGAAGCAGUAGAUAUGCACGAGACCCACCCGUCCGCAUCCAACAGGAAACCUCUGCCCAUGAAGAUUCCCAAACAGCAUACCAACUUCUGCAAUAACACCAUUUGUUCACCUGCAACAAACAAUAAUUAG